CCGCCCUCCGCCUUCCGGGUAUCGCCGCCGCGAUGCUGCUGCUGCGGGCGGCUCGGAGCCGGGCCGGGGCUCGGCCGGGUCGUGGUUUUCCUCCACCGCUAGCCGCCCUCUCGCAGGUCUUGAAGCUGGAGCGGAACCGCCGUGACGGCAUCAUGUUCCCGUUGCAGCGGUUAGCCCGCAACCUGGCUCCCGGCGCCGAGGAGGCGGCCUUCAAUCUGUUCCAGCCCGGGCUGAACGCGCUGCAGCGCGCAGAGGUGCUCUUCACCUCCGGCCGCGGCCACAACAUCGACUACGUGAGCUCCGCCGUCCGCAUGGAGCACGCCCCGCAGCCCGCUCUGCCCGAGGUGUGCUUCAUCGGCCGGAGCAACGUGGGCAAGUCGUCGUUAAUCCGGGCCUUGUUUUCGUUGGCUCCAGACGUGGAGGUCAGAGUGUCGAAAACUCCAGGCCACACAAAGAAGAUGAAUUUCUUCAACAUAGGGAAGUACUUCACUUCGGUGGAUAUGCCAGGGUACGGCUACCGUGCCCCAGAAGACUUUGUGGAUAUGGUGGAGGCUUAUCUGCAGGAGCGACGCAACUUGAAGAGGACUUUUCUAUUAGUUGAUGCUGUGGUAGGAAUCCAGAGCACGGAUCUUAUUGCAGUAGAGAUGCUGGAGGAGUUUGGGAUUCCUUAUGUGAUGGUGUUAACAAAAAUUGACCGAGCUUCCAGGGGACUGUUGUUAAAGAAUGUUCUGGGGAUCCAGGAGUUUGUAAAGGAGAAAACCCAGGGAUGCUUUCCUCAGCUAUUCCUGGUCAGUUCUGUGGAGUUUUCGGGAGUCCACUUGCUAAGGUGUUUUGUAGCCCAUGUUACUGGAAACCUGCCUAGUGUAGAGUCCAGUUGAGAAGUCUGGCUCCUGAUCUGCUCAGCUCAUCUGGAACAAAAGGUUCAGCGUGAUAGCAUGGCAUGCCUUGCUUGUCUACAUCUGGUUGUCCCUGUUACGGGCAGAUGUGGAAAAGGAAACCUACUUUAUGGGAUCUGCCUCCUGGUUGGCUGUUGGCUUGAAACAGUGGUGAUGAAUGAACAACACCUAGCAGAACUCUCUCCUCCUGCACUUGAUCAUCACUCAGUGUUGCAUGAACCUUCUGUUUUAAAUCCCACGUGAGUUCUGCAGCUGCGCUCAGCUCAGUUACCAGAGAUGGGUCCAUUACCUACAUCUGUCCUGCCCUGGGAGCUGAAGCACAACACAGAGGUCCUGCAGCCACUGUACCUGGCUAAGGUCAAAGGGAAACCACAUCUGGUACAGAAUGUACAAAAAGGACUGCCAUUAAAUAGCAGUAGUUGUACACAGCAAUUUAGACCAAAGCUAAUAAAGUGCCUGUGUCACACUCUGGCACACAUCUUGUCCUGUCUUAAGACUGCCAAUUCUGCGUAUACAGUUGCUGAGGUUAACUUACAUUAAAUGUUUAUAUCUCAAGGAAAAGUGAUUCUUUCAUAACCCACUCUGAGGCUUGAAGGUGGUGUUUCUACUGUUUGUUACGUUAAGGAAUGUCCUGUAACUCUCAGAUUAGGCUUGAAGUUUGUUUCCAGCAGAUAUGUAGGAAGUGGCAGGAUGAAGAAACCAGCAGGGAGAUGUGGAUCUCCAGUUUCUACAUGUAAGCAGAGAUCAAGCAUGUCAUGCUACCGUUUUGCUUCUAAUCCCAAAAUGCACCAAAGCAAACUGGCCUGUGAGUGUCUGAUUCUAGAAAUAAAUACAGUAGGAUCUAGAGAGGUGGAAAACACUCAAGUCAAUGUUUUGGGAAUAAUUGUGUGUUUGUAUCUUAAAACCAGUGUCUUUCAAAAGCAUCAGUGUAGUCCAAGCUGUUAUCUUCAAGGCCUCAGUUUGUUAUGUGCAAGAUUUGGAAGCUCUGUGACAGAUGUGGCAAUAAAUAAAAUCGAAUUAAGCAAGUGC